AUGUCGAGUCGCACUUUGACAGCGACACGACCGUCGUCCUCAGCCGCUUUCAACCAGAAUGAUGACAUUGAUUUGGAAAAAUUACUGGAUAGCCUCCAGAUGUCUGUAAAUGUGGGUUUUUUUUCGUGAAUAUUAACAAAAAUUUAUUAAAUCUCACUAUAUUCAAAACUUUCUGGGCCUUUAUUAUUUUUUCAUUUUCAGACACCCAGCCCAUGUUACUACAAUGAUGUUCCGGCGCCAACUGGUUUCGAAAGUCGAUAUUUCUCGGUAAGAAACCAGUUUUCUUUGGAAGGUGAUGUUAGUAAUAAUGGCAGACUUCAAAAGCAAGCGUCAAUUUUUCCGAUGUUUUAGGGAGUUUUCGAAAGAACUAACUUGUAUAUUUAGAACCGCAGACAAACGCCUCCUACUGGCGAUCUGCUCGGCGACUUCGAGUUGAUCGGGUCCAACGAAAGCACCCAAGGCGGAUCAACACCUUCGCCGCCAAUCUUACUCGAUUACCCCUCUGGAACUUCCAGUGAAGGGGUUCUCGUUGAUGUCGACGACGAUCACAAAAAGUGAAUAUAUUGUGAAAAAAUGGACUGAGACAGUUAGAAGGUAUAGCCAGUUGAAAGCUCAACAUCUGAGUCUGCCAGAUGGAAGUCACAAGUACCGUUUUUUGAGAGCUGCAAGUUUCAAUAAGAAGUUACAAUUCCUAUUUAGGGACCUGAAUGAACUUUAACGUAAUCUCCUAUCGAAAAUUGCAUUUCUUUGAAAUACAGCUUUUUCCCUCCAAAAAAAUUUGAAAAUUGCAGAUCGUCCCCGACCAAGGAAGUGCUCAUCACGCUGCUGCAAAAGACAGUCUGCGGUUUGAAAUUGGACUGGGAGGAUGAACGUUGGGUUCCCCAUCCGGUCAAGGUGAAACUUUAAUUAAUAGUUGAAUUUCCUGGGUUUGAGGGAAAAAUGAAGAGUUGAAUAGGACUGCCACUUUCAUAAAAUAGUUUUAAUUUCGAGAAAAAAAAAGCGAAAUUACUGAACAAGAGGAAAAUAUUUUUUUGACGGCUUCAGACUGGUGACCGCGAAAAAUGGAAUCUUUGAAGUUUUUCAGAUUGACCCCGGGCACGUGAUGAUGACGCUGGAAAGCGAGAGGACGCAGUGGGUGAAAGCUGAACUCGAAGAUUGGCAGUUUGGAGCGAAAAGAACUAAAGGAGCCACUUCGAAGCCGAUUCUUUUCAUUGGAGAUGUUCGAGAUCCGACUCUCUGCGCCGCUGUGUCACCAGCCGAUGUCAUGUUGGUCAGCGAAAGCUUGGCUAGGUACAUUUCCUUUUGAGGGCUGCAAGUUUGGGACUGCCAUUUUCAAGCAACGUGUUCAGUGUUUCUUUUUGAGGGCUGCAAGUUUGGGACUGCCAUUUUCAAGCGACGGUUUUAGUCUUUCUUUUUGAGGGCUGCAAGUUUGGGACUGCCAUUUUCAAGCGACGAUUUUAGUCUUUCUUUUUGAGGGCUGCAAGUUUGGGACUGCCAUUUUCAAGCGACGGUUUUAGUCUUUCUUUUUGAGGGCUGCAAGUUUGGGACUGCCAUUUUCAAGCAACGUGUUCAGUGUUUCUUUUUGAGGGCUGCAAGUUUGGGACUGCCAUUUUCAAGCGACGGUUUUAGUCUUCCUUUUUGAGGGCUGCAAGUUUGGGACUGCCAUUUUUGGGCUACUGAAAGUUUUACAGUAAUCUCCAUGAAAGUUUUACAGUAACCUUACAUGCGGCAACAGUAAUGAAAAAAGAAGUUCGAACUCUUUAAAAUUUUUUUUUAAAUAGUUCACAUUGCAGAAUAUUGUUAUCGGUACCUCGGAGCGAACGAUUGGAACUUUAUUCGGAUUUUGAGCGCGUCAGCUUUUUGGAAGCUCUGUCCGUUGGAAGCGAAGUCCUCGUUAAUGCGGUUAGUUUUUUGGAUUUUAAGAAGUCUAGAUUCAUUUCUUCGAGAAAAUAGAAGAAAAGUUUAUCGACUUUUUCAAGUUUCUUCCAUUUUUUAAUUUUAGCAAAUUUUGGCUAUUCGGUCUCCAGUUUUAUUAGUUUUUUUUUUUCGAAUUUGAUAUUUUUAAAAAAUUCUGAACGGUCGAAAGUACUGGUCGAACUCGUGGGAGUGUCAUCCGCAUCUCAUGGACAAUUGUCGCGAGCUGUUUGAACAGGCGAUUUACCGCCUCCCGGAACGCCAUGUUUUUCACCACCACCAAAUAUUUGCAUUUUCAUACAACGCAUGCAUUGAUUCUUUGUGUUUUCGAACGUUGCUUUCUCGACCUCGUGUUUUUCAGUACAAUAAAAAAUCAAAUAUGGAAAGAAGUAGAAAUAGAGCGAAAAGUUAUUUUUUGCAAAGAUAUAGGUUCAGAAAUCUAUUGAAUUCAUUGCGGAAAUCUGGAAUUGCAAAUAUUUUCCAGCUACUUCCAAAUUUCAUAGGCAAAGUGGGGAUGGUAGGAAAAGGAUAAUUUAUAAUUUUUGCUACAAAUAAAUGAGCCGAUUUAAGCAAGAUAACUGAAGUGAACAUGUGCGCAUUUGUAAUAUCGUGAAAUCAAGAAUUUGUUGAAUGCCUCGAGUAGCGUCCUUUACCUCGAAAACAAUUCAUUUUUCCGCCAAUUAGUGUUCUAUGUCACUAAAUGGGCGUCACCGUCGUGGUUGUUGUGGCGGACGAACUUGAAAAAUGUUGAGGAGGCGGUGGAAAAAAAGGCGAAAAAAAAAGAAGCAUUGGCCACCACAAACUGGUUGUCAACCACUGUGAACACACAGAGACACUCGCAAAAUGGUUGUUUCGAUUCGAUUUCGUGUUGUUUUCCGACACCUCUUUCGUGCAAUUGGCUUUUCCAAGCAGUCAGAUUCUUUUUUUUUUGAAACUAUAUAAUCGCUGGCAGACACCAGGAAACUUUGAUCUUGGGACUGCCAUUUGAAAAUUCAGGACAGCCAAUAUUGAACUGAAGAUUCAGUGCUUAUUUUUGAGAGCUGCAAAUUUUCGUGGACCUAAAUCUGAACUGAUUUCCCUGUUUCUAAGAUUUAAGAAAAUUAAAAAAUUGUAACGCUGAGAAAGCACGCUAUUUAUUAUAUAGACAUUUUUUGCAAGUUCUAAAAUGUUUCAAAUCAUUUGCGAAAUGUAACUGGUUGUCCCUUGAUUUCCCAAAAUCAGUAGUUGAGUGAAUUAGCGAACAACCAGGGCGAGUCUGCCUGUUUCGUCAUAUUUUUUUCUCCUUUACUGCUUUCUUUGAUGUUUUAUUCCUUUGUUUUGUGCCCAUUUUUACGCAUCUGUAGAGAUUUUUUCAUGAUUUUGAAAUUUUUCGACCGGUUUCUAAGUUAUUCGUCCUUCCAAGGCUAUAAUCAUCGUCUCGCGAAAUAUAUUAUUUGGCAUUUCUUUCGGGCUUUUUUUUCUCAUUCUCCUACUUGACAAAUGAUUUCUUGACGGAAUUUCUCGUUUUCUUGGAAGGUUAAUGGCUUUUUCUUGGAUUUUAAUGUGGUUAAAGACUGCUGCGAUUUAUAGAAAGAAAUUGUUUGGUCUAGAAAUUUGCGUAGAGAAGAAUGAACUAGUUGAAGGCCUAAAAACUUUAUCAGGAAAAGAAUAAAAUUUUUAAAAAGACUAAAACUCGAAAAUUUUUUGCAUUUCUUUGUAGUUUUGGAAAAAUUCAAAUGAAAAAAAAGCUGAAAACUUCAGUUUUUCCUGUCUUUGUUACAGUGUUGUUGUUGUGAAAAUUUUUCCAAUUUCACAAUUUUUCGCCUCUUUUGACCUUUCUGUUUUGUGAUUCAUGUGCUCUUUUUUGCUGUCAUGUGAUGAGAAAAAACGAUUUUUUUUACUAGCGAUUUGAAAAGCGUUCUAUGAAUUUCAAUUAGCUAUUAUCGAUGGUCAGUGAGACACGAACUUAAAUUUAUUCUGACUGAAGUUUUUUUUUCUUCAAGAUUCAAUUUUUUACACUUUUUUAAACGAACAUUGCUAUUGCAAGAAAACUGGAUAAAAAAAUAGUCUAUAAUUUAAAAAAAAAUAAGAAGCCAAACUGUUUCAGAAAAGGAAAUAAUUGUUUUGAAUGACGCAUCCUUAUGUUGGCGUCGAAACAAUGCAUAUACUCGAUUUUUCGGCUUUUUCAUGCAUACAUGUUUCUUUUUGCAAUUUUUUAAAUUGAAUUUUCGUGAAUAAGAUUCAUUUUCAGGACCCAUCGAUACCAAUGUUGCCGGCGGAAAUUUCCUGGAUGGGUCGGAGAGACAACCAUGAUGGAAUUUGGUACAACGUAAAUUUCAUCGACAACGAAAACGACCGGAGAAAUCAUGUUAGUUUUUGUUUUCGAUGAAGGGAGUAAAAAGUUUUGGGCUACCAAGUUACAGCUCGAAAAAAUUUGGGACUGCCAAAUUUUCGCUCGAAAAAAUUUGGGACUGCCAAAUUUUCGCUCGAAACAUUUUGGGACUGCCAAAUUUUCGCUCUAAAAAUUUGGGACUGCCAAAUUUUCGCUCGAAACAUUUUGGGACUGCCAAAUUUUAGCUUGAAACAUUUUGGGACUGCCAAAUUGUAGCUCGAUGAAGUUUGGGACUGCCAAAUUUUCGCUCGAAAAAAUUUGGGACUGCCGAAUUUUAGUUUGAAACAUUUUGGGACUGCCAAAUUUUCGCUCGAAAAAAUUUGGGACUGCCGAAUUUUAGUUUGAAACAUUUUGGGACUGCCAAAUUUUCGCUCGAAAAAAUUUAGGGCUGCCAAAUUUUCGCUCGAAACAUUUUGGGACUGCCAAAUUUUCGCUCGAAAAAAUUUGGGACUGCCAAAUUUUAGCUUGAAACAUUUUGGGACUGCCAAAUUUUCGCUCGAAAAAAUUUGGGACUGCCAAAUUUUAGCUUGAAACAUUUUGGGACUGCCAAAUUUUCGCUCGAAAAAAUUUGGGACUGCCAAAUUUUAGCUUGAAACAUUUUGGGACUGCCAAAUUUUCGCUCGAAAAAAUUUGGGACUGCCAAAUUUUAGCUUGAAACAUUUUGGGACUGCCAAAUUGUAGCUCGAUGAAGUUUGGGACUGCCAAAUUUUAGCUUGAAACGUUUUGGGACUGCCAAUUUUUAGCUUAAAACAUUUUGAGACUGCCAAAUUUUAGCUUGAUGAAAUUUGGGACUGCCAAUUUUUAGCUCGAUGACCGCAGACAGAAAGGAUUAAUUUAAUUAGCAGCGAAUGAGAUUUGAUAGCUACAAUUGAUCGUACCUCGUAAAUUAAAUAAACAUAUAAGAGUUCAUAGAAAUGUUAAUAUCAAUUAGCCAAGGUAUUCCGCAAAACUCGAGCUGAUUCAUUUCGCUAAUUGUUUUAAUUAAUAAGAUUAUUAAGUCAUGGGAUACUCCAAUUAGACACUAAUUUCGAAAAAGAUGAUAUAAACUGGUUUUAAACAAUUUUUUCUUUUUUUUUUCAUUUAAAAGAAAAAGGUAGGCAAAAAAGGAAGAGAUGCAAAUUUUUUUUUUGGUGUGGGCUCUCUAAAUUGCUCAUGGUCUCUGAAUAUUCGAAAAAAAGAAACCACUCUUUUUUCACUUCCGUUUGGCUGUUGACUUUUCUACUUUACUGCGAGUUCCACUUGCAAAAGUCUUUUCUCCGUUCUUUUUCUUUUUUGUUAAACAGUUUGGUUUUGAUGUUGCCAGAAAGUUUUUUUCAAUAGUCCUUUUUUAACCUCCUUAGUCAAAAAUUCCCGGUUGAUUAAUUUUAAGGAUUUGUUAAAAAUAAGAAGCUCAUAUGGAAAAUUUGAGAAAAAAAUAUAAAAAAUCUGUCUUCCUCUGUUCAUUGUUUCAGAGUAUUUGGUGACUGAAAUUUGGCUUUUAUUGUUCUACGACAUUUUUUCCGGUGUUCUGGUUUGUUUAUCUCAGCCAUGUCUAUUGGAAAACAAACCGGAAAGAACAUAUCAAAUUUCCGAAACCCCUGGAAAUUGAUUUUCUCCUACCCUCUGGCUAUACUAAUUUUUGUCUUUAUUCAUAUUUUGAAGCUGAUUUUUGAAUUCUGUUCGUUUCAAACAUGGAAGACUGCAAAUCUAGAGCUAAAGAAGUUUUUGAUAGCUGAAUUUUUGGAACUACCAAUUUGGAGCAACUGAUUUAUUGAUCUCGAAAAGCACCGACUAGAAAACGUUCUGAAAUUUCCGUACCUUUUUUUCAAAAGCUGAACGCAAAAAUAGGCUCAAAAGGAAGAGAGACUUUUUUAUGACGUCAUAUUGCUGUUUGUUUGGAGCAAAACGCAAAAACAACAACGGCGCCCCUUGUUUUGUUGUUUUUGAAGUUCUGAGUUUGAGGAAACUGGAUUUUUCAGCGGAAGGAGGGUUUUUGAAUGGCCUGCAAGCUGUUUUUCCUUUUUAUUUCGAACAUUUUUUAAAAAAGCAUUUUGGUUUUUAUACUGCGAAAAUAGGAAAAAAUGGUUGCGAUCGACUUCCUUCUCAUUCCUAGAGAUGCAGAAAACUAAGAAAUUUGUUUUCAUAGCCAAUUCCUUAUCCUGGAAGUGAACGGUCGCACGUGGAAUGUCUUGACUAAGUUCAAAGUUGUCCUUGAAUAAAAUUUACACCUCUUUAGUAGAUAAUGAAUCAUUUCCAGUAGUUUUUUCCCAAUUCUUCCACGUUUCCAAACAAUUUUGAGAACGAAACAAGAAUGGGAAAAAAAAAUGUCGAAAAAACGGAACAUCCGUUUGCCCACUCGAAAUUCCUGCCCUUCUGUUCAAUGGCCUCGGCAUUUAUAUAGCUUCUUUCGUUUCGUGUUUGGUUUUUGUUUGUUCAAAAUCAGUCUUUUAAAUUUUUUGUUAUGUAGUAUGCCCUUUUCAGGAAAAUUAAUCGAAUCUCGAAAAUAGUAAAUUUAAAAAAAAAGUCUGGUUGGUAUGUUGAAAUCAUUAUUUUCUUUCCGUUCUCACAGAUUUUGUUUGGGCUCUGACUGAAUCAUGGGAUAUAUGCGAAAAUGUUGCGAAAUUCUCUUUUUCCGUCCAAAUGAACAGAAGCUGUUAGUUUGUUCGUAUUUUAGUUGGGUAGUAUGUAAUUUUGGGAAUUUAAAGCUCAAAAUUGAUUUCCAGCACAUCUUUUUGUCUUUUUCCAUUAGGAAUUUGAACAGACUUGUUAGUUUUUUCAUUUAAUUAUGAGAAAAAAAAAAUUAUUUUUCCUAUUUUUCCACAUUUUCUCAUAGAAGUAGAAGCUCAUUUUGAUUUUAAAUGCGUAUUUACUCAAUUUUUUAGCAAAUAUUCGAGAAAAAUCAGCCUAAUUAUAGGUUUCUGUGUGUAUCGGAGAGUUCGCUUCAUUAUUUUUCUGUUUACUGCCCCUCAAAACGCGAAAAAAUGCUGUCAAUAUUUAUGCUCCGUUGUAUAUUCAUUCUAUUUUGUCACGUGAUUUAACACACUUCGUUUUCUUUCUUUUUUUUCUAGAAUGAGUAAGAGUUCGCGUUUUUUGAUACUUUUGAAAUCGUUCACAGUUUGAAUUCUGAAACUUUACUUCUGCUUUAUUUAUUUCGGAUUUUAUUAUUUAAAAAUGUUUGGACGGAGAAAAGAGGAAGCUCAUGGAUUUUUGGAAGAAGCCAAAAAAGUACUGAACUUUUGAUUUUUGUGAAUCCCGUUUCCUUUUCUUGUUGUUUGGCGUUCGGCAAGAAACUUGCUAGGAAGCUUGUGAGUGAAUUUCUGAGUUUGAGCCGUGAGUUUUUCUUUCCGCGGAGCACACAUGGUUCGACGGGCUCAGCUGUCGAGCCGAAGUCAUGCCUGGUCGUCUCCUUUUUUUCUUCCAGUCGUUUUUUUUCUGUUUCUAUUGGUUUGGGCCACGCGCCUGCUCCUUUCUCAAAUUGAUUCCAUUUCGUUGGCACAGCUUCCUAGGCUUUUCUUUGGGUCGUUAUAGGAGCAUUUUUGGAUUAUUUGAUGAGGAUUUUGACGGUUUUUAGUAUCCAUGAGCUUUCAAAUCUGAUGGGACUCUUUUUGAAGUUUUGAUGGUUUGAAAAGACUUUUUUUUUGGAAUUGGAAGAAGAAAAUAAAUAAUUUUUUUCUCUUGCGCUUUCAUACGAUAAAAAAGAAUGUCAAGUCAUUUUUGCUGUUUAGUAGGGACUGACAAGUCUCAGCUACAGAUUGAUCAAUCACUUUUGAGAGCUGCAAAAAUUUGGGACUGCCAGUUUCAAAUUUUGAAUUCUUCACUGUAUUUUGAGAGCUGCGAAAUUUGGGACUGCCAAUUUCAAGUUUUAAAUUUCUCACUGUAUUUUGAGAGCUGCAAAAUUGACAGAGCACCUGAAAAGGUUUUUUUUUUGAUUGAUUUGAUGAUUUUUAUAUUCUGUUUUCUUCUCAUUUUACUUUGGAAAGUAGUGCUCAGCAAGCCUUAUCUAGUACUCUUAUCAAUAAAAUCGAUAAAUUUAACUCAAGAAAAAUUGAGUAAGGAAACUUCCACAGGAAAAAUACAAAAUUACAAGAAAAAAAGUGAAAAAGACUGAAAAAUGUAACAAGGAAGAGAUCUUUGUAUUUACUUUGUUUUUUUCCUUCAUUUUUUUGGCACCCUCUUUGAGUAAGCGUUUCUUCGUCGCCUCCACUCGUGUCGAAAAGAUUUUCUUUUUCUGUGUUCUUAGCUUUUGGCUCCAAGCCAACCACCCGAGUAAUGGGCCUCGAGACGCAAAACACAUGUGUGAGUGUGUUUAUGUGUGUUUUUUUUUUUCGACUUUUUCUCGUUUAUUCUGCCUAUUUCGACGAAUUUCGCAGCUUCUUUUGAUUUUUGGGGUCCUUAGAUGGAUUUUCUUUUUUUUUUUUUUGAAUCAUUCCCAAAUUUAUUUUCAAUCAGAGGUCAUUUUCAUGGAAGUUAACGAUUUUGAAAUGGAUUCUGACAAGUUUUACCGUUGUUUUUUGAAAUGGAUUCUGACAAGUUUUACCGUUGUUUUUUCUUUUUGAUAAAGUGUCCCCUUUCGGAAAUGGAUUUACUGAUUUAAGACCUCAUUUCGGGUCAAAAGAACCUUUUUUUGCGAUUUGAACGAGUCUCGCUUUAUUUUCUUGUUUUGGACCGACUGACCCCAACCGCGACGACAACUUUAAUUGUUUUAUUUGUGAGAAGCAGCCCCCAGUUGUUUGCGAGAUUCCGUCACUUUUCUAUAUUGAAUUUGAAGCUUUCUUUAUGUACAAGUUUUGAGUUCGUCUUCAGUGAAAAAAAUUGAUCCUUUUAUAGAUUUCAAACAUACUUUUUUUUCGAAUAGUUUCUAAAAUUUCAGAUACUCAUUCUUAAGUAUGAGUUUCUCCGUAAUUGCUGUCAGCCUGUGAUCGAUAAAUGAAAAAAAGCUUCAGAACUCAAUUUUCAAAAACUUUUUAGUGCAGGUUUUAUUUAAAAAAAGUUUCUGUUGAGUCUAGAAUUCACAAUUUUUCACAAAACGGGUCGAAAUCGAAUUCCACCAGUAUUUUAAGCCUGAAAUUACUAUAUGUUUCCCUUUUUUUUCGAAGCUUUUAGAUUAUCUGAAAAAAAACAUCAAGAAGUCCAAUUAUUUGCUCUUCUUGUCUUUUAAUUAAACGUUCUCAAAGUGAAACCAAAUUUUCUCGAUUACUGGAAUAAUGAAUAGAUGUGCACACAUUUGUAUCAUGUUUCUAUUUAUGGACCCAGAAAAAAAAAGAGAGCUUUUCUUCAACUAUACGAAUGUUGCAUUAUUGGGAGGCCCAAGGAGAAGCCGUUGCUUUCGGAUUUUCUCUACUUUUUUUCCUUUUUUUUAAGUUUUCAUGAUGAACAUUUCAACAUAAAGGUAUAAUUUUGAUUUUCCUGAAAAAUCUGUUAAAUAGCGGUAGUAUAUAUAUUAGAAGUGUUGAGAAAUAUCAUUUCAAACCAAAAAAAGCAUGUAAGAUUUUUUUCUGUUUUUCUUUUUAAAAAAAGCAAAAAAAUAUUGAAAAAUUCCAACCGCUCGCCCCUUUUUUUCUUCUUUUUUUCUUUCUUUUUUUGUUGUGAAGAAAAAGAAAUUUUCAACGGUUUUUUUGCUCUUUUUGGAAUAAUGAAUGAGCCAUUGUGCUCUCUUAUCAAUGCGUUUUUCAUAUCAAAUUUUUUUCUUUUUUUCUUUGAUAAAUUUGUCCCUUGCUUAUUCACCCCAUAGGAAAAUUGCUUACGAAUUCGAUUUCUUUCGUUUGCAAAUGAGAUUAAUUUUUUUCUUGUUUGGUAAUACUGAAAAACUUGCAUUCGGAAGCUUUUUUUCUCUUAGAAUGAAUGGAAAAAAAUGGAUUUUGUUUUCUUUUUGGCUUUUUUUCUGAAUGAGCCUUUUUUUCAAAAUGGUGAUGUUUCGGAAAAGAAAAGUAUUUAUGAGAUUUGAAAACCAGAAAAAUGUCGAAAUAGUUUUUUUCUAACAAAACAUUAUUAUUUCUUUCUUAUUUUUUCUAAAUUUAGAACAAUAUAAUCCUUUCACCCUUCGAAAAAGUAAAUAAAUAUUCGGAAACUUUCUCCGCCGUCAAAUGAGAUUUCCCACGAGGAUGGAGCUUUUUUUGCACUUUGUCCAUUUUUCCUCACCUUGUUUACGACUAGAACCCCUUUACUUCCUUGGUUUUUUUCUUCUUCUAUUCAUUUUCCUGUUAUUUCAAUUAAACAUAAUGUGUAGGUUGAUAUGAUUCACAAGAUUGGAUGAGUAUGAAGAGGAAAAGGAGAAAAUUAAUUUUGUUUUUCAUUUGUGAAGGUCAUGUUCAGUUUUAUGUGCGCUCCACUGACGGUAUUUUAAUUAGUUUUUUCGGCGAGAAUGUGUGGGUUGAUAUGCACCGAAGUGGAAUAAUGAACGAAAAACCUUUGAAAAAGGCUGCUUUUUGGGGUUAAUUGCGCUCCAAUGAGAAAGUUUUAAUUUUCUCAUUUUUUUUCAACCAGAAUGUGUGGGUUGAUGUGCGACGAAGUGGAAUAAUGGCUGUAAAACCUUUGGAAGAGGCUGAUUUUCGGGGUUAUGUACGCUCUAAGGAGAAAGUUUUAAUUUUCUCAUUUUUUUUUCAACCCAGAAUGUGUGGGUUGAUAUACACCGAAGUGGAAUAAUGGCCGUAUAACCUUUGGAACAAGCUGAUUUUGGGCGUUAUAUACGCUCCAAUGAGAAAGUUUCAAUUUUCUCAUUUUCCUUCUUUUUUAGGCGUUUAGUUUGGUGUGUGUGCUGACUAUUUCUUUAUCUUUGUCCUUUUUUUUUACGGAAAACCUUGCUUUCUCUAUAUAUUUUAGUCGUUAGAAUCAUAACUUUUGGUUUCAGAGCACAUUUCCCCAAUACAACAACGAAUACGGACCGCCCGGACUUUCUUCGUGGACGAUGCCGAACGGCGGAAGUUUCGGGUCGACGGCGGCCGCCCAUCCGCCACGACUUUUCUAUGGACCUCAUCAGAUUCACAAGCCGAGUAGCUUGAAAGGAGGCGGCGUCGCCAUGUACGAUAAUCGGUUGGUUAUUUGUUCAGAAGCAGGACACAUUUUUAGAAAAAAAGCAGUGACUCUUGCGCAAGGAUAACUCAAUUUCGCAAUAUCCGAAGUUCUCGAACCUCGAUAACGCAAACCGGACGUGUCUAGGCAUUUCUAAGGACCACUUUAGGGGCGACAACCCUCUUAAGUAACCCCUAGAAGCUCUCGAAAACGUCCGGGGCGUGUCCGGUCAGAGUUAGCGAUUGACAAAAAAUCAAUUGUUAAAUAACUGAAUUAAAAAAAGUCGCAAAUUUUUUUCUUCGAAAGAGUCAUCAAAUUUGAACGUCAAAAGAGCCUCAAAUUUUCAAAGGUUUUCAGCUUUUUUGGUUCUUUUUUUUUAAAUCAUUUUUCCAGGGUACCUGUAUCUAUGGAAAAUAGUCGAGAACGAGUAAUUCCUAUAAAACGAAGGGAUAUCGAUGAAAUCGAAACGAGGUAGGAUUUAUUCUGCGCUCCAUUGUGAAAUCAAACACAAUCCUCCCACCUUUUUUAAUUUCUAAAAACUUCUAAAAAAACUUCUGUAUUUCUAAAAUAACACGAAAAAUAUUUGGAAAGCUCUGAAUGGACUAAAAAGAUCAAAACACCAAUUUUCAGUUACUAUUCUUCAAAAGAGCCGCCGAAACCGAUGCCAAGACCACGGCGAGCGGAAGAACGGAGCCGAGCUACCUCCUCCUCUUCUUCUGCUUCGAAUCCUCCUCCAGCUCCGAGGCUCAUUUCUUCGGCUGGAGUUUCCAACGAAGGACCUUCACCCUACCCCCAGGGUACCUUGAAGGUGAAAAUGAGCACUAUUUGAUAGGGUUUACGCGAAUUUUUUUGGACAAGCUAUGAAUUUAACUUUACCUAGGAGAGUAGAGCUCAUUAGGGUGGUUCAAAAGAAAUCUUCAGAAUAUUAUCGUUCUUGAAAAAAAAAAUUAAUGACGGUUACGUGAAACUAAAUGAAAGUUUGAAGACACAUUUCUAUCAGUUUUCUGGGAUCUUGAAGGUAUUCUCAGUUCUCAUUUUCACCUACUUUUCGAGUUAUAAACUGAUAAGUUUUAGAACAUGAACGAAUCCCGGCCGCCAGAAUAUCGAGCCAUGACCGCCUCGAAGUCUCAUCAGAAACUGUCGCCGGCGUCAUCCUCCUCGGCAGAAUCGUCAAGAACACCGCCACCGAGCCGCAGCAAAAGCGCCCAGUCGAUCGCUUCCAAGCGGGUCCUUUCCCUCAAGAACGAGCAGUUCGUUUUGUUGUAGUUGAUCACCAAAAGCGGAGUGUUCAGCGUUUCUGACGAAAGAACGAAUGGCGCCCGUGUUGGCGAUAGCUGCAUCUGGGUGAACGACGGGAAGGCUGAGAAAGGCGUCAUUCGGUUCCUCGGACUUCUAACCAAUCAUUCUGGCAUCUAUGCUGGAAUUGAGUUUGUGAGUUGAUUAUAUUCCUUUAUUGAUUUCCAAUUUUGAUUCUGAAAGUUUGAGACUCCCAAUUUUUCGCUUGAGGGAAUUUGGGACUGCCAGUUUUUAGCUCGAAACAUUUUGGGACUGCCAAAUUUUAGCUUGAAACAUUUUGGGACUGCCAAUUUUUAAGCUUGAAAUUUGGGACUGCCAAUUUUUAAGAUCAGAGAAUUGGGUCUGCCAAUUUUUGAGCUCAAAAUUUUGGGACUGCCAAUUUUUAAUCCGAAAGUUUGGGACUGCCAAUUUUGAUUCCGAAAGUUUGGGACUGCCAAUUUUGAUUCCGAAAAUUUGGGACUGCCAAUUUUGAUUCCGAAAGUUUGGGACUGCCAAUUUCAAGCAUCACAACUUCAGCAUUUGAACAGUCUGAUUUCUCUGCGCUCUCUCCUUUCUCGAAAAACUUUCCGCCUUUUUUUAUCGUUUCUAUUAUCACCUUGACGAGAAAAAAGAGACACAGACAGGCCAGACUGUUUCAAACCGAGACGAAUAGGCUGUACUAUUUCUCAACGAUUUUGGUCGCAUUUGGAAUGAGUCGACGCGUUGAGAUCCGUAUUUUUUGAAUCAGGAGUUCAAACUUUUUUGGCAGGGUUACCGAGUUCAUUCUUGAGAUCAACAUUUCUCAAGUUUUCAUUGUUGUUGAAUUCGUUGAGUUUUUUCCGAAAAAAAAAAAAAUCUUUCUGGGUAUUUUGUUCAUAAAUCAUAAAACGUAGAACAGCACAGGUCAGAAGAGACGGUAGAGUGAGUCUGACUCGAUUGGCCUCUCUUCAGACCGACGUUGAUUCACCUCUCUUUCAGAACUUUUUCUGUGAUAUUGAAACUUCUGAUGCUGCUUGCCAGCCUCUUUCAAGAUCAAAAUUUUUUCCAGGAGCGACCAAUUGGAGCUGGCACAGGCACAUUUUCCGGAGAACAGCUGUUUUACGCUCGUGAUAGUCACGCCGGCUUCGUCGAACUUGGCGCCCUGGAGAUUCUGGAUCGACCGCCACGUCGUCUGUCGUCCUCGAGAGCUCAUCUCGGAGGCCCUCCAGCGGCUUCUGGAUCCAGCGUCAGCGUUCCGGUCCGGAACAAGCAGGCCUCUUCAGAAUCGCUCUCCGAUCCUCCUCCGGCCUACACGCCACCUUCGCCGCCGCGUUCUUCUUCUGCAGCCUCGCAUCAUCACAUUCGGAAUGGCUCUGGACCCCCGCCAGUACCUUCGAAACCUCCGAUGCAUGUGGAAGACUUCCUCAUUGACUCGUUUGACGUCGGUGAGGGUUUUUUUGGACUGCUUGGCUUUGUUUAAAGGAGCAUAGGUGAAAAAAAAAUCAUGGUCUUGAGGCGGAGAGUUGUUCUUAGUGAUACUUUAGUUCGUGUGGGACGUCUACGCUUUUAAAAAUUUCUUUUUAGAGUGUUAAUUUUCAUUUAGAAAGAAUAGUUCAUUUUUUAUUCAUCGAUUUACUCGGAGAAACGAGACUAUUGACUAUAUAAGAGGAAAAAAAAAUUUCGGUUCUUUUCAGGUUCGAAUGUCACAGUGUGUCAUUUGGGAGCUCAACGAACGGGCGUCGUUCAUUGGUUGGGCGAUGCGAUGAGCGAGGAUGGAGAUCGGAUCGAACGGUCUGCAGUUGUUGAACUGGUUUGUCGCCAUUUCUAACUAAAUCGAAUUUUGAGAGCCCACAACUUUUCUCACAGACCUCCAGGGCAGUUUUUGAAACCAAAUUCGGAAUCAGUAAAAUCAAUGUUACAUCUAGUCAACCUAGGAGUCCCACUGGGAGCUCAGAACAGUCCCCAAGAGAGAUUUUUCAUAUUUUUGUUUCUAUUCCCAAAAAAUAUGAUUAUUAUUCAGGACGACGAUGUCCCGCCGGCAUGGCGACCAAGCAUCGACGCCCCCAACUCUUCCGCGGCCGUCGUCCUCCGCGGCACUUUGGUUCCAGCAACUGCGCUCCGACGGACACGGCACAACUAUCCGCCCUAUGCACACGACCCCGCUCCCCGCAGCACUUCUGCCACUUUUCAUAGUUCGUUUUGAAAAUAACUCCCAAAACUGAAGGUCUUUUCACCUUGAGCUCGGAAUUUUCAGAACGCGCCGAAGAGUUCGGAAGCAUCGACUCGGGUGUGGAAAAGUCGCGCUGUCCACCGCCGAAAGACGUCCUCGCGCUGAUUGGACGACAGCGAGGCAUCCAGGGCCACUGUAACAGUUGCUAUUUGGACGCCACCCUCUACGCCAUGUUCGCCCAGACAACCUUCUUCGAUUUGUUCGUUUUGAAACAUUUUUUCGAAAUUUUUUGUUUGAAAUCACGGAAAGACCACAAGCAAGAUGGAGUUUAAAAAGAAUGUUAAAUAUGCCAGCUUGGGAACUCCAGAGUGGUCUCUAUAGGGGUUACCUUAGGGGCUCUUAGGGGGCUUCCUCUAGGGACCACUUUACCAAGCCCUAUGGGAGCAACUAAAGCUUGCAAAAGUGGUCCCUAUAGGGGUUUCAGUUCAUGCUAGUCGAUAAUGCUUCAAAAUAACUGUGCAAAUAAAUUCUUGGUAAAACGAAAAAAUCUAAUUUUCUAACUUUUCAGCCUGCUCGAAAGGAAACCGAAAAAGGACGAUCACAAGCUUUUGGAACAGUUCCAGAAAGUCCUGGCCCACGAAAUUGUCUAUCCCUUGAGAAAGUGAGGAUUUUUAUGGGAGAAAAUAUGAGAAAAAAUAAGCUCGAUCAAGUUUUUGCUGAUCAAAAAUUUUGAAUCCAAUCACUAUGAACACGGCAUGAACUUUUUUUACGAAAUAAAAGAGAUUCUAUGGUUUUUGUUCAUUAAAAAACCUCCCCUUCCUUUUUUUAUUGCAAUAUUUUGAAGGUUCCACUAUGUGAGGGCGGACCACACGAUGAAACUUCGGGAAAUACUCGCCGAAAUGUUGCCGACGAUGAACGGAUUAACGAGCGAGGAAAAGGAUCCUGAAGAGAUUUUGGCACAACUUUUUGCCAAUAUUUUCCGCGUCGACCCUUUUAUCAAGCUUGUGUGAGUAUUCGAGUAAAAAUAUGAAAUGAAAAUCGUCCAAAGUAAAUUAGUUCGAAUAAUAUUUUAAUUCUGCUUACGAGAAAACUAUCAAAAACUUUGUGAAUGAUAGUUUCAGGAUAAUUGUUGCAAAAAAAAAAGAUAAUGAUGUUUUUUUUUUCAACUUUUCAAAACAAUAAUUCAUUUUCCAACAGCUGCGAGCUUUUUCUCUAAAAAAUAAUCGGCACAAAGCUGAAAUAAUAGGCUAGUUUCACCAUCAAACAACUUGAAAAUAUUAUCCGGUUUGAGAAAAUUUUAAAUUAAAUAAAAGCAAAGAAUAAAAUAAACAAAAAUAAAGUUAAAUAAGAAAAAAAUGAAAAAAAGUGGCUCGUCGUUGCGAGACCAUUUUGCGUUAGCGCGCACUGCUCACAAAUUGGGCAUUUUUGGGAUUUAUUCUCUUUUUUUAUGAAUUACUUUGGUUUAGAUCUUUAUUUUCACUAGUAGAAUGUUAUCAUUGAUCAAAUUUAUCUGUAUGGUUUCUAAUUUUAUUCUUCAAUUUUUAAUUGAAUGAACUGAAUAGAAAUCAUGUUUUCGACACGGCUUUUUGCAAUUUUUUUAAAUUCAAUACUAUUUUCUCAGAAAACUGUCGAUUUAUCAUAAAUAUCUUCCGCGUAUUUUUAGUGGAAGCGGCAACUCUCACGACUCUCAGUACCUAUGUCCGGUUGUGGUGGAAGAUUGGCAAGGUGGCGCCGCCACGACUCAACAUCUUCUGGAAAGGCACAUGCGGGCCGCUCAACUCCAAUUCGCCAGACCACCAGGCGUUUUGAUUCUCCAACUGCCUCGUUAUGGUCAGCAAAAGGUCUUUGAUAAGAUUCUGCCCCUCGAGAAAAUUGACAUCACCCCGCUUGUCGCUGGAGGUUUGAAUAAAUUUCAUUUUCCAUAAAUUGUUUAUUUUUUAGCCGUUCCACCAUGCUCAGGUUGUUCCACAACUGCACAGUUUUUCUGCCCAACGUGCUUCUUGACGCGAAGAGUUUUCUUCACGGAGGUUAAUAUUUCCGAUGAUUAUUGUUAAUUCAAAGUUGAAUCGUCAGAUCUCAUAUUGUCAAGAAUGCUUCCGAAGAUCACAUGCCUCACCCGAUAUGCAUGAUCAUGCGGCUAGGGAACUUUUCCCGCCGAUGAAGCCUGUGAAGAAACCGUCUUCACAUAAAAUGGUUUUCAAUUUUAGUAUUCUUAUUAGAAUUAAUGAAUUUGUUUCAGAUACUUUCCGCCGUUCUGUGUAUCGAAACGUCGCACUAUGUUGCUUUCGUCCGAAGUCACAGUGGUCGGUGGAUUUUCUUCGAUUCGAUGGCUGAUAGAGAAGGCCUCAGCGAUGGCUUCAAUGUUCCUGUGGUGAAUCAUUAUUGUUUUUUCAGUGAUGAUGGAUGAUUUUAAGGUAAAAGAAUGUGAGAAUAUGUCGUCGUGGCUGUCGAGUAGUGGCUGGGAUAGGCUGAACGAGGCUGACGAGACUGGGCAAGUCAAGGUGAGAAACAUUGGUUUAAUGAAAUGUUUUUGGGAUUUCUAAAACAAAAUUUCCUACUACUUAGGACUUUUUGUUGGGAAUAUCUAACCAUAAGAAGAGCAGUUGUUUGAAAAGUGAGGAAUAAUUAAAAACUUUCUUUGAAUAAUAAUGAACGACCCCUGUAGGGACCUCUUUUUUUACCCCUAUAAUGAUCAAUUUUGCGAUCUUCACAUGGGCUGUUUUUCCCCCUAACCCCUAUAAGAACCAAUCUAAAACUCCUAAGUACUUCUAAUUGGAUUUACAACAACGAUUUUUGAUUAAGCAGGUUAUAUGAUAUGUAGACAUUUUUUUAAAUUUUCAGGCGAUGUUCGGCAAAGGAGCGAUCGAUCCAUUAGUCAGCCGGCUGCUGUCCGACAGCUACAUUUGCUUCUACGAAGACGUCAACCAGACGACGUCAUCUGCCUCCGCCUCGUCUUCUGGAGCGUCGACGUCUUCUUCGGCGGCGUCACUUCUCACGAGCGUUCUCAAGCGCAGGAAAGACUAG